CCCGCUCUAACGUCGGUUUCGCACGAAGCGAAGCAACAUCGGUUUGGCUCCAUAAGCCAGUGAAAAACACAAGCGACCUGCACGCAUGGCGGACAUAGACCUGCGAUGCUGUAAAUAAACAGUCGCCGCAUUGGAAACAUCGGACGUAUUCUACCAGAAUCGGCCACUGAUCCAACAGUGCAUUACCCGUCCACAUCCACCUGAGCAUGCUAGGGGACCCGUGCCGGACCGACAGUUGAUACAACAUUCGUAGCAUCGCCUUUCCGUCAGGACAUUCGCCUUCAAGGAUCGUACCCCAAGAAAAAGGCAAGAAACCAACGUGUGCAGUGCAACGAAUCGAUAUUUUGGUGUGUGUAGUGUAAAAGUGCGAAAAGCGGGCGCGGUGGAACAAAAUAUUCCACGCUUGCUGCUUUUUCCUGACAAUCGCGGGCAGAGUGUGCAUACAGAAGUGCAAUUCGCUGAUCAGAUGUGCGCGUGUGUCAGUAUGUGUGCGUGUGAACAGUGUAUUGAUUGUAGGAGCAUUGUGUAAAAAGCGUUGAUUGAUAUUUUCCACCUCCGUCACGACAGAGAAAAAAAAAACCAUUGCAAAACCAGUGCACCCGGUGGCAAAUAGUAACAUCACCGUCCGUGCGUGACCAAACGAAACUCCAAACCAACUCCCCGAGAUUUUUCUCGCUCCUUCCGUGAACGGACAGUGUGCGAAGGAGCAGCAAUAAAAGCAAGAAAAACACGAAAACAGUGCAACAACAACAAAAACGUACAUCAUCCAAAAUGUUGUCCAACUACGCGGAGCUGUUUCUCAUCUGUGCCAUCAUACUGAUGCCAAUAUUUUAUGAAACGUCGAGCCGCUUCCGGUACUACUUUAAAAUCUUCGUCUACUACGCGGUGGUCAUACUGAACUCCUUCGUUUUCAUACCCAUCUUCCUGUUCCGACCGUGCGAUGUGAGAAACCUGACACUGGCGAGCAAAUUCUGCCGCCUUGCGUCGCCAAUCAUCAGCAUGAAGUGGGAGGUGCGCGGGGCCGAGCACAUGGGUGCCGAUCGGGCGAUGGUAAUGGUGGCCAACCAUCAAAGCUCACUCGAUAUUUUGGGUAUGUUCGACUUCUGGCACCUGAUGGACAAGUGUACGGUGAUCGCCAAGCGGGAGCUGUUCUUCGCCUGGCCGUUCGGGCUGGCCGCCUGGCUGUCCGGGCUGAUCUUUAUCGACCGGCGGCAUGCGCAGCGCGCCCAGACGGCAAUGAACGAGUCCACCAAGAUGCUGAUCGAAAAGCGCACCAAGCUGUGGGUAUUCCCCGAGGGUACGCGCCGCAUCACGAACGAAAUCCACCCGUUCAAAAAGGGCGCGUUCCACGUGGCCGUUCGGGCCCAGCUGCCGAUACUGCCGGUCGUGUACAGCUCGUACCACACGUUCCUGGACACCAAGAACAAGGUGAUGAACCCGGGGCACGUGAUCGUGACGGCGCUGUCACCGAUCGAAACGAAGGGCCUCACAAUCGACGACAUCCCGGAGCUGAUCGAGCGCACCCGCAAUGCGAUGAUCGAAACGUUCAAGGCCACCACCAAGGAGGUGGAGAAUCGGUUCAAUCUGAGCGGCCACGGCAUGACACCGGCCAAGGGUACGACGACAGUGAUCUCGCGCAUUGCGGCCGCGCUGCCCGGUGGCGUGAGCAAGCAGCCGAUGAUGACCGUGGCAGCCCCUCCGGUUCGGCCCGUUGUUGAGCUGAUUGAACCGGAAGCGCGAAAGAUUGGCUCCCUGAUGGGGGGUGGCGAUGCGUCACCGAUUAAGGAACCGACCGCCUACCGGCGCAAGGAUGUACAGCGGGAUUAGUUUGCUCGUUUUUUUUAGUUUUUUUGUUAUUGUUGUUGGCCCGCUGCAAUGUGGUGUCACACACACACACGCGCACUCACACGGGCAACCUAAUUUGUUGUCGAUUGGUUAGGGGUGAAAGCGUGUUUUAAUUUGAUUACGAUUGGAAAGGAAAAGGAAGCAGGUUCAAGGAUCCCAUGGGCAGUAUGGGAAUUGCAAUUAUCCUCCUCAUGACCCAAAGAUCGAGUGAGUUUUAAUACAAACAUAAACGCUUUCCGGCGUCUCUCAGAGACUCAGAGAGAGAGAGAGAAAUAGAGAGAAAGAGAGGGGUUCCCGUCCCCGUGUGAUGCGUGUUUUUUGUAAAAAAAAAAGGCAAAGAGAUGGAGUCCAAGUAAAGGGAUCGUUUCCAUCGCGAAUAAGUACUGUUUUGUGGACGUUUCAAACGCUUACUGCAAGCAAAAAGUACGCUCUGGCGAGCGUUGUGAAGAGGAGAAGUAGCAGUCGAAAGGCGAGAUUGAUUAACACAGACACCCACAAUCGAACAGGAAAACAGAUUUUGAAAAGAGAUUACUUUUAGAGAGUUAGACCAAAACCAAAAUUAAAGCAAAAA